UUCUAUACAUGUUAUGAUUUUUUUUCGUCUGUCUACCGGAUAUUUUUUACAUAUGUGGUUAGAGUGCCGUGGCGGCAUUCGCACUCAGUAAAUCAACAGCAUAGCUCCGUGCCGUUAAAAAUGUAGGCUAAAUUGUUGCCUAUGACUUAAAAUGCAGAAUUAAUGCAUGAAUUGUACUUGUUUUAUACAGAUACAUCUGUACAUUAUAUUUGAUUGGAAAAGAACGUUUGAAGUGCAGUGCUAUUUUUGUAUCUGGAUCGGACUGGGACUUCGGACUCCACGGUAUGGGAGAGUUGUACUAAAGCCAUAUUUAUGUACAUCACAAACUGAUAAAGGGGGUGCAAAUAAAGGUUUUUACUUGCUGCGAACAUAUAUAUUUCAAAUAUGGCUAUGCUACAAGGAAUCCAGUCUUAUUUUUCUAAACUAAGUCCUCUGGCAGAAAAAAUUUCCCGCGAUAUAAGUCAGGUGAAAUCGGCUUACAGUCCAGAUGAUUGGCUUGGGUUAACUUUGCCAGAGCAGGAAAAUAUUGUCAACAAUCAUUUUAUCAAACCUGAAAUAUAUAUUAAGUACUUCAAUAAGACUAAACCGGAAUGUUCACCGAAAGAUAAAAUCGACAGUCCUAAGCUGGGAACUCAAACUAAAGAAAAUAUUUCUAAAGACGAACACCAGCACAGGCAUAUGAACGACGUUAUAUAUACCUUUAACGGUAAAAACCUGCACUCCUUUAUUUUUCAGAACGUGGGUCUGAAAGUUUUACACGAUGAAAAUACAGGAGACUACCGCGAUGAGCAUUCGUUCCCUUUUAGCUACCGAACCAAAUCACAAAUAAAUAUUCCAUCGGCUUUUAGUGAUAAUGUUGAUAUACAUCCGGUUUCCACAGAUGUGUGCCAUCAAAUUAUCCUUUUAAAAGUCGAAAAGGAAACAAUGCACGCUCGGCCAACAACUGAUCUUAGUGUUGCAAAAGAAAUUAAUAAUACAAGUCGGAGGGUAUCGUCCAUGCACGAAUACGAUCGACUAAAUCAGAGAAGAUAUGAUGACGGAACAUGUAGCUUUAAUACAGAUGAAAAAUCAAAUCUCUUGUCCAAUUUUGGCUCAAAAAAUAGUAUCGCGUCAGAUUUGUCUGAUGAAAAUGAAUCCAAAGAUCUCUUUCAAGAAGAAAAUGCUAAACUUCUAUCCCCAGCAGUGCAAAUACCGCAAGGCUUCGAUUUUUUAAGUAAUUGGUAGGGCCCGUAUCACUUGUAUUUGAUUAUAAAAUGAUUCGCAAUAAAAUACACAUUGUCGAGAAUUCA